GCAAGCGGGUCGGAUCUGCUAGCUAUCUGCUGGAGAAGCAGCAACACCGCCUCUGGAUCAGUUGGAUUUGCAGCCUAGGUGUGACCAGCUGUAGGCAUAGCAGCUUGUAUUUCACGCCAAAACGCAAGUGAAGGAAUGUCGCCAACAUAAAAAGGUCAAUGUGUCGACUAAAGGACCUCUACAGGGUUGUUGUCAAUGUAGGUCCCUGACGUCUUCAGUCGGCUGCCAGUCUGUUUAGUUAGUUAACCCAUCUCUUCCUGCAUCAGACCACCAUCACCCUCCUGCAUCACACCCAGGCACCCUCCUCACACACCUGGCCAAUCGCUUGCUCUGAACAGCGUUACCAUGGACACCGAGUCCACCCACUCUGGCUACUCCAACAGAUCCAACAGACAUGGGGAGCAGAGUCGGCAUGAGCGGCGUAAGCUCAGCAGUAAGGACAGCAGCCGGUCAGAGCGGUCUGUAAUCAUCAACAGCCCCUACGGGCCCACUCAGGCCUCCCCCAACCACAACAGCGAGCCCCUGCUAGAAGUCCCCAGCUCUGUGGCUGGAGACGAGGCUCCAAGCCUCCAGGAUGAUAACUGGGGGGAAACCACCACGGCGGUGACUGGCACCUCAGAGCUUAGUCUAUCCCAGGAGGAGGUGGUUGGUCUGGGGAAGAGGUCAGAGGACAGCCUGGGGCAGGGCUGUCGGCGUUACGCUCCCCUAGCUCUGGGCCUCUGUGUGGGGCUACUGGUCCUGGCCACCCCCCUGGCCUUCCUGAUCCUCCCGGCGGUGCUGUGGCCAGCCAGGCUGCAGGCCUGUGGCUCAGCCUGCGAGGGCCUCUUCCUCUCUGUGUCCUGUAAACUUCUCAUACUUCUGCUAGCUGUGUGGGCGAUCUUCCUGCGCCAGGCCCGUGCCAGCCUGCCCAGGGUGUGUGUGUACCGAGCCCUCCUGGCCAUGCUCACACUGCUGCUCACAAUCUCCUACUGGCUGUUCUAUGGGGUCCGCAUCCUCGACUCACAGGAUGAGGACUACCAGGGUAUCGUCCAGUUUGCUGUGUCUCUGGUGGACUCUCUGCUGUUUGUCCACUACCUGGCCAUUGUUCUGCUGGAGCUCAGACAGAUCCAGCCCUGCUACAGCCUGUGUGUUAUACGCUCCACUGAUGGAGAGACACGCUACUACAACCUGGGACAGCUCAGUAUUCAGGGGGCAGCUCUGUCUCUGCUGGAGUUCUACUACAGGGACUUCCCUCUCCAUAACCCUGCCCUUCUCUCCGCCUCCAAGCACCGUGCCGCCAAGCACCUGGCCGGCCUCAAGGUCUACACCGUGGACGGCCCAGUGAACCCAGCGGGGCCAGCAGGGGGAUCGGGGGGAUCUCAGGUGGGGGGUCAGCCGCGGGCCAUGAUCUCUGCAGCAGCCAGGCGCAGAGACGCCACUCACAACGAACUAUACUACGAAGAGGCUGACCAUGACCGACGGGUCCGCAAACGCAGAGCCAGGCUGGUGGUGGCUGUGGAGGAGGCCUUCAUGCAUGUGAGGCGGAUGCAGCAGGAGGAGCAGAAAGCAUCCCCUGGGGAUGUGAUGGACGUACGGGAAGCGGCCCUGGCCAUCUUCCCCUCCAUGGCCCGCGCCCUGCAGAAAUACCUCCGAACCACCAGAAGGCAGCACUGCCACAGCAUGGACAGCAUCCAGAGACACUUGGCCUUCUGCCUCACACACAACAUGAGCCCCAAGGCAUUCCUGGAGGCCUACCUGUCCCCUGGUCCUACGCUACAGUAUGGUCGAGAGCGCUGGAUGGCCGGUCAGUGGACUCUGGUCAGCGAGGCUGCGGUCACUGGCGGUCUAAAGGAGGACACAGUCUUCUCACUGAGGUGUCUAGACUUCAGCCUAGCGGUAACAGUCAAGUCCAUCCCCUACAUUCGAAUGACCGAGGAGUACGUCGAUCCAAAGUCACACAAGUUUACCCUGAGUCUCCAAUCUGAAACAUCAGUCUAACAGACGCAUGUAGAAGAACUGUGGGAAUUCUAGACUUGUCUUUUUUGUGUUCAGUUUCUUAAACCCUCUUUUACUUUCAUGCUAUUUUGCUUUUCUCUUCUAUUUAUAUUACCGGUGUCUAUAAAGAUUAUUUUGGCUACUUUGAGAUUUGUUAUUGUACGUAAUUGAUAUGAACAGAUGCAUAUUGGAUAUUGUAACAAGAUAAAGUGUUAGCUGGUCAUAUAAUAGUUAAUAAUUGGUAGGGAUCCCCAGCCCUAUGGCUCUUUUGGAGUGAAGAUGACCGAUGGAGAGCGUUAGGGAACAUGCUCUGAUUUCUAUUGUCCUGAGGCACACUGGAACAUUGAAUUAUGUCAGCGGGUUUUCAAUACACUGUAGAUGACCCUCCCGCAUUUUGUUCUUCCUCUCUCUGUGUGUGUGUGUGUGUGUGUGUGUGUGUGUGUGUGUGUGUGUGUGGGGGGGGGGGUGGUGGUAUUUUCAUAUGGUCUGCCCUGCUAAUAUGAAUGAAAAUACUACCUAAUAAUCACAAACAGUUCAGGUUCAGUUUUAUCAAACUAAGAAUUGCUUUUCUUAAUGGAUUGUGCAUGUGUGUUUUUAUAUACGGUUGAAGUCGGAAGUUUACAUACCCUUAGGUUGGAGUCAUUAAAAC